AUGGAAUCCAAUCUCUCAUUGCUCUCAUCCUUGAAGGAGGAAUUUAGGCCUGAGGAUUACAUUCUGCCACAUUAUAAGGAAGCCUACCGGUUGGCUAUCGACUGUCUGGUCAGCGGUGGCAGACAGAUAUAUCAGGAAUUUAUCCAAGCUGAGAAAAUAGUGAGCUUCCUUUCUGAUGAUGAGAUCCAGUUUAUAACACAGAAUGUAGAGCAGCUGCUGGUUACUGAGGACUCAGAAAAUCAGGACAAAGAAAAUCAAGGGGAUGAGGGGACCUCUACAGGGACAUACUGGCCCACACACUCUGAUGCACCCCCUCCAGACCUGGAGCUGGGCUGGCCGGAGGUCAUGCACAACAAGCUUUCGACCAACAUAGACCUGCUCUAUCAUCCACCCAGAUUAAACAGCCCCACCAUUAAGGAGGUGUUGAGGAAACACAUUCAAGAAGCUAGACAGGUCAUCGCUAUAGCCAUGGAUGUGUUUACUGAUGUAGACAUUUUUAAAGAGGUAGUGGAUGCAUCUGUCAGAGGUGUUCCUGUCUAUAUCCUGCUGGAUCACAUGCACCUUAAAAGCUUUCUCACCAUGACUGCAAACCUUGACAUUCAAAUACAAAAACUAAGAAACAUGAGGGUACGUUCAGUGAAAGGCAAGGAGUACAUGUGUAGUUCAGGUGCCAAAUUCCAUGGGGCUAUGGGACACAAAUUUCUUCUAAUUGACUGUCAAACAGUGUUCUUUGGAUCAUACAGUUUUAUGUGGUCCUACGAAAAAAUCCACCUGAACAUGGUUCAGGUCAUAACAGGCAGGCUGGUGGAUUCAUAUGACGAGGAGUUCCGGACCCUUUAUGCCCGCUCCACUGUUCCUGCAGAGUUUCAGCUACAGGAAGUCUCUUCAGAAAGGAUGCUUAAUGGAAAAAAUGAUGGUUACAUGAACCACCCCAUUAAAGCUUUUGAAAGGAAAAAUCAUCUCAGGCACACACUUGACUCAGUGUAUCGACAAACCUGUGAAAGACAGCAAGGCUUUAAAAGUACACUGGAAGACCUCCCCAUCCCCAUUUCUUUCCAAAGUAGAUUUCUUCAAGACGGCAUUGAUUAUAAGCGCCAUAGCUAUGCAGGGGAAUGGCGAGAGCCUUCACACCCCAUUCAGAACACCAGGUAUGGUUCUAGUAACUGGAAUGUGGCUGAAGACAACAGGCACUAUGCUGGAAACAACUACUCUGGCAUUAUGGAAAACCCAUAUGAAAAUCCCCGGUUAAACUUGAUAAACAGGAGUGCCAACUUCCGCCAGUCAUACCAUGGUCAUGAUAAACAAGUUCUUUCGAUGCAGCAGAAACUACCAAGCUUGGCUAGUACGUCCAAAUCAUUUUUGCGCACUUGGAGGAUAGAAUCUUACCUUAAUAACUCUGAUGCACCCACCGGAGAACCAUAUGACCAUAUGGACCAGUAUGAGCUGGAGAACAAACAUGUUCCUUUAUUGCCUUCUCGUCUCAGGUCCUCCCUUGUUUUCCGAUCUAUUAUACCAGAGGAUCCAGAACCCAGCAGUUACACUAAUGACUCCUCAUCUGUACACAGGGAUGAUCAUUAUGGAAUGCAGCCAAGUUCACAGUACUACCCCUCAACACAAUGGAAUCAGACAGAAUUAACAGACAGUCAUGUUCAACCUGAUGACUUUCUGUUAAAAAGAAGAAGCAUACAGGUUCCAGACCAUUCAACUAACAAUAUAAGUUAUGGAUUAGGAAAAGAUGCCAUAUAUGCCAGUCUAGGCAGAGCUAAAAGUCGGUUCCGGACUAAAGAGCCUGAGCUCCCACAAGAUAACUUAUACAAGAGGCACAGCGUAGCUGACCCAAGGCAUAGCACAUACAAUAGUAACAAUAAAGAGACCUCCAGUCAUUUAUAUGAAUCUCUGUUUAGGAGCCAAACAAACAAGAGUCAACUAAGUGAGAAUGCAAGAAGUGGAGGGUAUCCCCAAAACCUCAAAGAGGACCAAAGAUCUGUCUCUCAGUAUGACUUCAAAAAGGCAGAAAUUAAAGAUCUGUCACAUGGUAUUUGGCAAGAGCCUCCAGCUAGGACGGUGUCUACGACAGUUCUAGAGAUGGAGGAAAAGGAACAGAAGAAGCCCAGUGCAUUGACAUCUCCACGUUUCUUCAAAAGGAGCACCAAGAAAAUCAAAUCUCUUCUAAACAUCUCAGACAAGAGGGAUAGCUCACCCAAAACAAAGAAUGCUUUAAACCCAAGAAUGGAUGGCAGCACUGACACCAUUAUUUCUGAUGACAAUGAGCAAAGUACACCAAAAGAUGAAAUACUACAGAGCAGCACUGCAAUUUCUAUCAAUUCUACUGACAGCAGCAGGCUGAAAAGGGCAAAUGGGAGGAUUACUGAAAGCGAGUACCAUGCUGCCACCCUGACUGGAGAUGCAUCUGCUCCACGUUUUGUCACAAGGGAGCCUCAAAGUGAUGACACUGGAGGACCUUCAGAACAGCUCUACUCCAGUGCUUAUAACAAUACGGCAGAUCCGGUCCAAUAUACCUCAAGUCGAUGGCAGCGAGACCGAGGUGGAUCGAGUAGGUUGUUUAGCCGAUUUGAGCCUAGUAAUACUUUCGAGGCUAAACAGACCUCUUUAGGACAGAGCAGCACAAACAGCCGUACGUCUGAGAGACGAAAAACUUCUAUCCUUUCAAGAAGCACAGGCUUUGAUCAGAAUAACCAUGUUGCUCAACACUCACAUGGUCAUGAUAAGAAGUUUAGCAAUUUCUUACAGAGGGUUGGAAAUUUGAUAAACAAGAAUAAGUAG